AUGGAUGGUGAGACGGAACGAAAGAUCGCAGCACUCAUUCUAGCCGAGGCCCAGCGGCUCAAGGCAAGAGCUGCUGAGGAGGGCGUCCGGGCGUAUCUGAAGCCGCAUGUUCGGUAUCGUCCUAAUUCGCAGUUCCUCCGAGCUACCGUGCAGAGUGUUGAGUAUGCCAACCGCGUGGCGGACGUGAACGAGAUGUGGAAGGAGCGAGAGCUGGAGCUGGCAGGAGAGCUGCGCGAGACACGAGGGGAUUCAGCUGAGCGACCGAUGACGUCCAGGGAUGCGAGGGGAGAAGGCAGCGGAAAUGGGCACAGGGAGAUUCAAAGGGGAAAAGAGCACAGGAAGAGGCCAAGGCAGGAUGGAGAGGGAGGCGGUGCCAAUGCGGAGCAUGCAGAGCAGAAGGGCAUUGAUGACUCUGACCUUCUUGCCUUCCUCAAGACUAAGGCUAAGAGAGGUAGAGGGGCCAUCGGCUCUCGGGCCGAUGCAUGGGGAUCGGAACCGCCUUCCGUGCCAGCAGGCAUGCAGGGAGUCGCAGAGGAGGGGAGUGGAGCAGUGAGCAUGCUGCUUGUGCGAGUGAGGGAGGAGUGGGAGGACAGCGUGGUUGCUGGAAAGGGUAGAGGGCUAUCGACCUCCUGGGCAGCAGCUGGCCCUGCUACUCUUGGUGCUGCUGGUGCUGCUGGUGUUUCUGGUAAUGGUUCUGCUGGAGGGACAGAUGGCCGUUGGAUUCGAGGUGUUCCGUUGGAUGCGUGGCCUCCAGCCAUGCCGAACGUCGAUUGUAGAAUGUACGAGGCGAAGUUUCCAGAGGUAGAGCAGGUGGUGAUGGUUCAAGUUAAGAACAUCGCCGACAUGGGCGCGUACGUCUCGCUUCUUGAGUACAACAAUAUCGAGGGUAUGAUUCUCUUAUCGGAGCUGUCCCGUCGUCGCAUUCGCUCUAUAUCGAGUCUGAUCAAGGUCGGCCGGCAAGAGCCCGUCAUGGUGGUCCGCGUGGACAAGCAGAAGGGUUAUAUCGAUUUAUCGAAGCGGCGUGUAUCGGAGGAGGAGGUGGCGGCCUGCGAGGAGAAGUACAACAAGUCUAAAAUGGUUCACAGCAUCAUGCGCCACGUGGCAGAGACGUCCGGCGUCGAUGUCGAGGAGCUAUACACGAACGUGACGUGGCCGCUGUACCGCAAAUACGGACACGCGUUCGAGGCGUUCAAGCUGGUGGUGACGGAUCCAGAUGCGGUGCUGGGGGGACUCACCAAGGAGAUCACGGAGAUAGGCGAAGACGGCAAGGAGGUGAAGAGGGAGGUGCCAGCCAUGCCAGAGGACGUGAAGGCGAACCUGAUUGCCAACAUCCGCCGCAGAAUGACCCCGCAGCCCCUCAAGAUCCGAGCCGACAUCGAGCUCAAGUGCUUCCACUAUGAUGGCGUGCUGCACAUCAAGGACGCCAUGCGCCGGGCGGAGCAGGAGAGCGAGGAGGACUGUGCGGUGCGCAUUGUGCUCGUGGCGCCGCCGCUUUACGUCCUCACCACCUUCACGCUUGCCAAGGACAAGGGCAUAGCGGUGUUGGAGCGGGCCAUCAGAGCAGCGAGUGAGGAGAUCGAGAAGCACAAGGGCAAGCUUACAGUCAAGGAGGCGCCGCGCGCGGUGAGUGACCGCGAUGACCGGUUGCUGGCAGAGCACAUGCAGAAGCUCACAGAUGCCAAUGCUGAGGUGGAUGGUGACGUGGACAGCGAGGAUGAGGAUGAGGGCAUGGGCUCCGUGCUCGGCGCCAUGGAUCUUCUAUUCGGAAAGAAGAAAACGCCAGCAGAGAUUUUGCGGGAGAACAAGCGCAUGUUGGACCGGUCAAUUCGGGAGCUGGACCGCGAGCGGGCGCAGCUGCAGCAGCAGGAGAAGAAGCUCGUGGCUGACAUCAAGAAGUCGGCCAAGCAAGGGCAGAUGGGCGCAGUGCGGGUGAUGGCCAAGGACUUGAUUCGCACGCGGCAUCAGAUCACCAAGUUCUACGGACUCAAGUCACAGCUGCAGGGCGUGUCCCUGCGGAUACAGACCCUUAAGUCCACCCAAGCUAUGGCGGACGCAAUGAGGGGAGUGACCAAGGCCAUGCGAUCCAUGAACAAGCAGCUCAACCUGCCAGCUCUGCAGAAGGUGAUGCGGGAGUUUGAGAUGGCGAAUGAGCGCAUGGAGAUGACCUCGGAGAUGAUGGGCGACGCCAUAGACGAUGCGAUGGAGGGCGACGAGGAGGAGGAGGAGACGGAGGAGCUGAUCAAUGAAGUGCUGGAUGAGAUCGGCAUUGACAUCAACCAGCAGGUGGGUGCUCUCUGGAUGGCCAUCAAUGAUCUCUAG